GCUCGCUUCCUGUAAUCACGUCACUACUACAGCAAGCUCCUGAUUGGUUAACGCGGCGCGGAAUUCCGCCAAAGUUCAGAUUUUUGAACUCGCGCGUUUCCCGCGGCAACGCUCAAUUCGCGCGGAAUGCGCGGAACGCCCCGCGCCUUCCGCGCGUUCCGCGACAUCCGCGCCGCGGCUACCGCGUGUACCGCGCCGCAGGAUGCCUAAUCGCGUGUUUGCAUUGACUUAACAUGUAAAUCAUCCGCGCUUGCCGCCUCUUCCGCGGCUGGUGUGAAUCCACAGUUAAGUCCUGUCUUGAGACAAAACAACUAAUUCUGGCAAUAUUUCUGAGAUGGUAGUAAGCUGAUUUGCUUAUCGCUUUCACGUGACUACUGAAAUUAAGGUCAGACUCUAAAAUUACACAAAGACUUCUGAUUUUGUGUCUUUAGACCCCUAGAGUCAAGGGUGAAAAUGAACAAUAGUUCAUGCAGGGAAUAUGAAUUUCAAAUCAAAUUCCUACCACCACUGUACGGCAUUGAAAUGUGUGUGGCUUUAGCCGGGAAUUUAUUUGCCUUGUGGCUCCUGUUCAUGAAAGAGAGAAAGAACUGGCACACUGGAGUUGUGUUCUCCUGUAACCUGGCCAUCAGUGAUGUACUUUAUGUCCUAACCUUGCCUUUGCUCAUCAUUUACUAUGCCAAAAAGAAGCAGUGGACAUUUGGAGUUGCUGCAUGCAAAAUCGAACGCUUCCUCUUUAACUGCAACCUCUACGUCAGCAUUAUUUUUAUCAUGUGCAUCAGCGUCAACAGAUAUCUGGCAAUCGUCUACCCAUUCUUCAGCCACAGAUACGUUCGGCCUAAACAUGCGAAGAUCAUAAGCGCGCUGACAUGGCUCAUAGUGGUAAUAACUGUGUCACCAGUCCUCCAUUUUGCUGGAACGGAGAUCAAAGAUUCAAAUAAAACACUUUGUGUGUCAUUUUAUAAUAAAACUAUGGAAACCUCCCAUUUCCAUUACAAGGUAUUUCUCAUGGUUGUGGGAUGCAUGAUUCCUUUUGUAGUUACCUUUGCAUCUUAUCUAGGUGUGAUUUGGGCUGUUCUGCAAAAUAAAAAUAUCACCAUGUUGGAGAAAAGGAAAGUGGCUCUGCUGGUAGGUUUGGUCUGUGUCCUAUACGCCAUAUCAUUUGUGCCUUAUCAUGCUUUGCAGACAUAUCAACUGUACUUAAUAAAGAAUAACAAUCUCAAUCAAGAGAGUGCAUUUUGCAGGGUGCAUAAUUCAUAUCAAGUGUCAAAAGUGUUGACCACCUUAAACAUGUGCAUACAUCCGCUUUUGUACAUGGCUGUUUUUGACAGCAUACGGACAGUUUGCUGUGGAAGGAGCUCAGAUGAUUCUUUUUAAAUGAUGCAUGCAGUGGCUUCCUGGACAUUGCAGGCAAACCACAAAGCAGAUAAGACAGCUAGAUCAAAUAUUUUUCCUUCGUUUUUUCUUUAACUGUGAAUUAUCAGAUGGUAGCAAGUGAAUGUAAAGUGCUUAAGAUGUAAAGACUUAAUAAAGAUGCAU